GGGAGGGGUAGAGUAUGAGAGCAGAGAAGGAUAGAGUCCCAGAAGUGGAAAAACACUGCCUUACUGUGUGGGUCAAUCUAUUGGCUUCCAGAUAGAACCCAUCAUAUCAAGGAAAUACAAGCAUGAGCAGGUCUGUUGAAGAUGCACUGGUCUCCGGAGCACGCGGCCCCCCUGUCCCAGUGGCCUGAGCAGCACCUGGAUGUGUCUUCCACCACCUCCCCUCCCUCCGCCCACAAACAUGACUCACGUGGUUACACCACUGCAGCCGGAUACCCCUGGGCCAGCGAUGACAUCUCUGCCCUCACGGCCUCUUCCUUGUUAAAACGCUAUGCUGAAAAGUACUCAGGCCUGGAGCUGCCCUACGAAAGGCCUGCCCCAGGGGCUUACUCAGAGCCUGGCGCCUUCCUGAAGAGUGAGACUGAGCCCUGGGCCCUGGGGCAGGGCAUGGAGUGUUACCCUGCGCUGGAGGCCCUGGCAGCAGGGGCCAAAGUGGGAUCAGUAUCAGUGGGCCUCCCUGGCACGGGCAGUGUGACGGUGGUGAACAGUAACUUGACCUCUGACCCUGGGUAUAGUGGUGGUGGCUCCUGUAAUGGCCCCCCCUCUCAGGACUACCCCCUCUCCUACAACAGCACCUACCUCUCCUCAGGAUACUGCCUCCAGCCCGGCUCAGCACUUCCGCCAGCCUCUCUGCAAACCACCCCCACCCUGGUGUCCAGCUACAACCCUACCAACCCUGUAUACAACUACCCACCAGGCUGCUACCCCCACCUCCAGACCAGCCUGGCAGCCAGCUACAGCCACAGCCACCCCAGUGCCUCCUACCUCCCCUCUGGGCUGAGCACCCCUACCCCCCGGUCCACCAUGGCGGGGGGCAGCUAUGGCUACCCCAGUCACAGCCUAGGGGCCGGCUCUGAGACAGGAGGGCCGCUGAAACGCAAGGCCUUUGAGAUGGCGGAAGAGGGGGAGGAGGGAGGAGAAGGAGAUGGCUCGCGGUACAGGAAGUUUGUCAACGGCCACAGCAAGAGCCACGGCAAUGGUCACGGCAACGACUACGACAUAGCGGGCUCAGAAGUCCAGGCCUACAAGCCCGGCAAGCCUCUGGUGUCGCCUCCUUAUGUUGGCCAGGGCGAGUACAGCCCCUCCUCAGGCCUAGGUGGGGAGAGUGGGGGAGGAGGGGAACAUGGCUUUCCCCAUCAGAGGCUGGCCAUGAAGAUGCCUGCGUCACAUGCACGAUCUGAGGAUCCAACUGGAGGACGCUAGAUCAGGCACUUGAAAGGAACACUCUCUGGGGGUCCUUCGGUUUUAUUGGCAUUUAAAAACCAAGUAGAGUACUUACUCUGACAAAAACUGGGGGAAAAUAAUAAUUGGAUUUUGCAAUGAGAGGUCAUGUGAUCUAACCUGGAAGGAGAGAAAAUUGCAAAUGACUUGAAUCCGCCUCCUAUCUUAUAUCAUUUUCAUUCUUAGAUUUUCUCCAAAGAGUCAAGGGUCACUUUGUCCUGUAUGGGUGUGGUGCGGUGGUGUGAGGACAGAGGGAGGGAUCUAGAUGGAUAGGGCUAAAUCAGGCAGUCUGAAUGGAUUACCGACUGCUUCUCUCAGGAUCCUAUUUAUUUCCCAAUCUUCUACUUUGGCAGACAGUGACAUUGCAAUGUUGUUGUUUUGAAGAGUUGCUCUCUUAAUUGGAGUGGCCACUUUAUAUGGAAAGGACGUUUGACUCUAUUACCUCCUACUGCACCAUAAGAAUCAUAACCUUUCAGACCAAAAAGUAGAGAAGAAGAACAUAAUUGAUGUGAUGUACUUUAAUAACUUGACACCACGAGCACAAUGACAGCUCUUCUGAGGCUUGGUGCCUCUAUACAACUCGCUUUGAAACGAAUGUCCCCCUCUCCCCCCUUCCCUUUUCCCUGUUUUCUUUUGACAGUGUUUCUAUGUUAUUUCUCCCUCUUUCUCUACCUCUCAUCACUACAUUUUCAUCAUGUUUUCCCUUCCCUGCUUUUUCUCAGUUUGUUCCACUCACUCUUUUUCUUUUUCUGUUAAAGCUGCAAUAUGUAACUUUUUGGGCAACCUGACCAAAUUCACAUAGAAAUGUGAGUUAUAGAUAUGUUAUUCUCAUCGAAAGCAAGCCUAAGAAGCAGUAGAUCUAUGUGCUCUAUUUCUAUGCUUACCGGUCUUUAGUUUUUGCUUCUUUUACUUUCGGUUUUGUACACCAGCUUUAAACAGCUGAAAAUACAAUAGCUUUGGUUAUUGAAAAUAUAUUUCACAGCAGUUUAGAUGGUACAAUGAUUCUCUACACUAUGCAUUGCUUAUUUUGUCAAAAACUGAAAUUAGGUGAACUGUUGUUCAUUAUGCACUGUUACAUGCAGCUCUAUCAAUACAUUGAAAUACUUAAACCUGCAGAAAGAGAUACUUAAACCUGCAGAAAGAGAUACUUGUAGAAACAUACUUGAGAGAGAAUUUUAACUACAGCAUAUAAACUCAGCAAAAAAAGAAAGUCCUCUCACGGUCAACUGCAAUUAUUUUCAGCAAACUUGUGUAAAUAUUUAUAUGAACUUAAGACCCAACAACUGAGACAUACACUGAAUCUGUUCCACAGACACGUGACUAACAGAAAUGUAAUAAUGUGUCCCUGAGCAAAGGGGGGUCAUGUUAGGAUGAGCCUGCAAGAAGGGUACCACGAGGGAGGAGGAUGUCUUCCCUGUAACGCACAGCGUUGAGAUUGCCUUUAAUGACAACAAGCUCAGUCCGAUGAUGCUUGACACACCACCCCAGACCAUGACGGACCCUCCACCUCCAAAUCGAUCCCGCUCCGGAGUACAGGCCUCGGUGUAAUGCUUAUUCCUUCGACGAUAAACGCGAAUCCGACCAUCACCCCUGGUGAGACAAAACUGCGACUCGUUAGUGAAGAGCAAUUUCUGCCAGUCCUGUCUGGUCCAGCGACGGUGGGUUUGUGCCCAUAGCCGACGUUGUUGCCGGUGAAGUCUGGUGAGGACCUGCCUUACAACAGGCCUACAAGCCCUCAGUCUUGCCUCUCUCAGCUUAUUGCGGACAGUCUGAGCACUGAUGGAGGGAUUGUGCAUUCCUAGUGUAACUUGGACAGUUGUUCUUGCCAUCCUGUACCUGUCCCGCAGGGGUUAUGUUCGUACCGAUCACAUGCAGGUGUUGUUACACGCGGUCUGCCACUGCAAGGACGAUCAGCUGUCCUUCCUGUCUCCCUGUAGGGCUGUCUUAGGCUUCUCACAGUACGGACAUUGCAAUUUAUUGCUCUGGCCACAUCUGCAGUCCUCAUGCCUCCUUGCAGUAUACCUAAGGCACAUUCACACAGAUGAGUAGGGACCCUGGGCAUAUUUAUUUUGGUGUUUUUCAGAGUCAGUAGAAAGGCCUCUAAAAUGUCCUAAGUUUUGAUAACCGUGACCUUAAUUGCCUACUGUCUGUAAGCUGUUAGUGUCUUAACGACCGUUCCACAGGUGCAUGUUCAUUAAUUGUUUAUGGUUCAUUGAACAAGCAUGGGAAAGAGUGUUUAAACCCUUUACAAUGAAGAUCUGUGAAGUUACUUUAAUUUUUACGAAUUAUCUUUGAAAGACAGGGUCCUGAGAAAGGGGCGUUUCUUUUUUUGCUGAGUUUACUAAAGAGUAGUACACUGUCAAACCAAUGCAAAUGUGCCGUUUUCAUAGAGAUACUCUUAGAAUCCUAAAAUCGGAGUCUGCUUGUGUUUUUGAUGUAUGCAUUCUUUUUUCUUUUUGCCUUUAUAAAGAAAUAUAUGUAGUCUUGUUAUUGAAUACUCAGGAAGAUUGUUGUAUUGUAAAAUAAUGUAUGUAUGUAUGUAUGUAUGUAUUACAUUUGGUGUUUGUAGGGAGCUUUAUGGAGAAUAUAAUGGAGUCAUGGCUGUUGUAAUACAGACACUGUACACUUCAGGGAACACAGAGCUUUUAGGGCCACCAAUAUUAGCGUUUGUGCGCGCGCGCACACACACACACACACACACACACACACACACACACACACACACACACACACACACACACACACACACACACACACACACACACACACACACACACACACACACACACACACACACACACACACACACACACAC